AUGCUAUAUGAACAAAAUAAUAUAGCGAAAAGAUGGAAAGAAUAUCUAGAAAUCCUGUACAAGGGGGAAACACUUAAGGAAAAUGAAACCAACGAAUCAAACGAAGAAGAUAAAUCUGAAGGAGAUGACGAAAUAGACCCAAUUAUGAGAGAAGAGUUCGACAAAGCUUUGCGGAAUCUGAAAAAUAAAAAAGCAACAGGAAUCGAUGGAAUACAAGCGGAAAUUUGGAAGGAGGCGGGAGAAAAAGUUAAAAGGGAAUUAUUUCAAAUUAUCAAAGUCAUAUACGAAACCAGUGAAUUGCCUGAAGAUUACGUAAAUUAUCCACAUCCCAAAGAAAACAGCAACAAAGAAAUGUGA